AUGUCUCAUAUUAUUGAUAUUGAUUAUAGAAAGUUUGAAACCGAAAAUAUAUGCAAAAUAUUUUAUUCACCGAAAAUGGAAUAUAUCGUCACGUGGAAUCAAAUCGAUCAUUCAAUCGUUGGAUGGUUAAAUAAUAAACUGGACAAGUUGGAACCAGAAGUAUAUUACAAAGCUAAUUUGAAAGCAAAAAAGAAUUAUAAAAUCAUUUCUAUUUCUGAUAGCAAACACGUUUCAAUUUUUUGGGAACGUGAGGGAAUAAAUUAUAACGCGUUUAUCGAUUUGAACGGUAUCAAAUAUUUUUACGGAAAUGAAAAUAACGAAAAAAUAAUUGAACCGGUUAUAAAAGGGGAUUUUUCGUUAGGUGGAUGUUAUCUUAUAACCGGUGAUUAUCUAAGUUAUAAGCAGGAUCCAGAAGAUAAUUAUGUAUUCUCUCUUUAUGAGGUCCAUCCUGAAAAUUACAAACGCAAGUCUACGUUCAAAAUUUAUAGGUUGGCAUCAGUUUUUUUUUCUAGAAUUCGUCUAGAUGAUUUAUUAUUCGAUAAAUUGUUUUUGACUUAUAAGGACACGAGAAUCCUAUCACAAUGGAACCUUUCUUUGGAAAACAAAUUAGAAAAUCAAUACCCUUUAGAUGUUGAUUUAAGAUUUUCUGAAAUCAAAUACUUGAUCAAUGAAUCUUUAUUGGUAAUAUAUGGACCUGUUAAAGAUGAGGAUACGUAUAAGAUUUGUGUAUAUUCAGGAGAAACGAGAGUUAUGAUUUCACAAUAUAAAAUGGAAAACGUGAUCACUUAUAUUAAUUUUCUUAAUGUAAGAAAAAAAUUAUGGUUAUUAAUUUCGAUCAAAGAUUUUAUCGAUAAUCAUGAUGAAUACGUAUUAAUGAACCCAUAUUCUCUAACUGAGAACAUAGAUAUUGGGCAUUUAUUUGCAGAGAUUGAUAAACCAAUUUUUUUUUAUGAGGAAAUGGUGAGGAAGAAAAGAAAGUGUGAGAGUGAGUUAGUAAUAUUAAGUAUUACGGGAAGUUUGGAAAUCGAUAAAGAGUUGGUAGAACGGAGGGAAAAAGAAGAAAAUGAAGUCAUGAAAAUCAUAACCUUUAAUGGGAAGAAUCUAUUGAUCAAAGAUUUUGAUUAUGACAAAGUUGAACAUUUGCUCACCGAUCCAUCGAAAUAUCCAAUGUCCUCCGUGAUAAACAAUGCGUUAAUAGCUUUAAUAUCAAAGCACAAUGACUUGUAUAGAUCACCGUCACCAUCAGAGCAAAUGUUAUACGGAAAGAAUUAUGUUUGGAAAUUGAGCUAUAGAACAGUUGAAAUUCUUCAAUUUGAUAAUAAACCCAUUUACAAAUUCAUCAAUUUUCCUUAUGUCGUAUUUAUUUGCGAAAUUUUGGAUGAUGAUUUGGUAAUGGUCUGUAACCGUGGAAUCAUCAUAUGGACUUAUGAAUCGGCUGAUAAUGGCAUAAAAAUGAAAUAUUAUUCGGAAAAUCCUUUGUGGCUUCGUAACAAUCUUUUUAAUUAUGAAUCAAUGAUUUCUUGUAAUGAUUCCUAUGAAUUGUUUCUUAAACCACCAAAUUUUAAGCAUAUUUUCAAAUCAAAGGAAUCAAUACAAACGACCAAUGGAAAAUAUUUUCCAUUUGUUGACUUAUAUAAAUCAUAUAUAAAUGAUAAAAAAAUACUUAGAAUAUAUUCAAAGGAAAUUUUGGAAUCAUUUGAUGUCGAGGCUAACGAGAUAGAUGAAAAGUAUAAAGCCGUUUCAGUUUUGGACAAGUACUUGGAAACCUAUAAUGAGAGUCCCUUUAUAAAUGUUGGAUUCUUAUAUUUACUUAUUAAAAAAUUGCAAGAUCCUAAAACCAAUAAAUCAUUUUUAUCCUUAUAUUUAAAGAAGAUCAUAUCAACGGUACCAAUUUUUUUAGAUCAACGUCAGGAUCCUUCGAUUCCUAUUUACUCAGAUCUUUUACCUUAUUGGUCAGAGCUUUUGAUUAGGCCACCUUCAACCCUUUUUAUAGAUGAAAUUAUUAAAAGGAAAAGUUUUGAUUUUUACAAGAGAAUCGAUAUUCAAGCUCUCAUUGACUAUAAAUGGUAUGUUUUUGGGAUACAUUAUUACUUGCUCAUGUGGAUGAUAUACUCCGUGUUUUUUGGUUGCUUCACCGUCGCUGCCAGCGUAUCACAAGAUGCAAUCGAUUUCAACACCCAAAAAAUGUUAUUACAAAUUUCUAUUGUAUUUGGAUUCAUUCAAUUAUAUUUUGAAAUCAGAGAAUUUAUCUGGGCUCCUUUAAUAUACAUAUUUCAUAUAUGGAAUAUUUUCGGAGCUUACAUACUUCCAAUUAUUACUUCAAUGCUUUGGCUUAAAGAUGGCCAAAGUUCAACCGGGCUUGUCAUAUCUUCGAACUUAUUAUUAGAAAUCAAAUUCAUACUUUACUUUAGACCCAUUAAACUAUUUGGGGUAAUUACUAAGAAGGAGCUUCGGAGAAUGGUUAAAAAUGUAAAGGAUGGAGAAUGGUACGAUCAAGACGAACCAUUUUUAAAUAACCAAUUAUUAGAAGAGAUUGGUAUGUUAGGUUCUGAAGAUAUCAAAGAAGGAACUUUGGCAGAAUUAAGAGAACUUGCGAGAAAAUUUAAUGAAAAUGGUUCAUUACAUAAAAUCAUAAGAGAUUCUAUUGAAAAAUUAAAGAAAAUGUUGGAAUGUGUUGAAGAACUUCAGGAAGGAAAUAGAAGAUUUGAUUAA